UGGGGUUCCCUAUAAUUUAUAAACUACUGCUUCUACUAGAUUAUAAAUUUAUAGCUGUUUUGACUUUUGAUUCCAUUUUCCCAUCUAUUACGGCUGGCCUAGAGAGGCCAGAGACCGGAGGCGGAGCCCUACAUUUGUAAACAAACGUUAUUGUUAUUACUAUCUAGGCAUAUGCAUUAGUACAUUACAGUUUUGGUUUUGAAUAAUAUUGUUUCAAAUGGCUGAUGUUAAGUCUUUGCUAAAAGAAGCAAGGAAACUUUUAGAUGAAAAAAGUUACAAAGAUGCUCAGGAGACCUGCAAAAACAUUCUUAGAAAAGACAAACAUAAUUAUUUAGCCCUUGUUUUACUUGGUAAAUCAUUGCAAGAUUCAGAUCAGGCUCCAUUAGCAUAUCAAAAAGCAAUUGCAAGCAAACCUGCUUUACCACUUGCAUGGCAAGGAUUAGCAAACUACUAUGAAAGAAAAGGUGAUAAUAGCUCUGAAAAUAAACUAUUAGAUAUCUAUAAGGAAAUUUUAAAACUCCCAUUAGAAGAAGAAAAAGCAUUAGAAAUUAUCACAAAACUUGGUCAAUUGGGAUGUAAAUUAAAUGAUAAUAAUGCAUUAUCUACGAUUCUGAGUUACAUACAGAAGUCAUCAACUGAGAAACUUGGGAAAGCUGCUGAAGAUGAAUUACUUAAGCUUUUGAAAAAUGGUGUCCGGUGUAAAGAUUAUGACAUUGCCUUAAUUUUAAGUAUCCUGGAUAAAUAUGUUUCAUUAAAUUCCGAUAUUCAAAUUUAUUAUGCAAAAGUUAUCUUACAAAAACCAGAUUUUGCAUGUGCAGUAGAAGAAGUCAUUAAUUUAGAAUUUUUCUCUAAAAAUGUGAGUCUCAGAGAAUGGCUAUGUAAAGAGUUGUGUUCCUAUUACAUUCACGAAAAUUCCUUCAAAAACUUUGACAUGGAAAAAAAUAUUAAAUUAAUUAUUCAAGGAAUUGAAAAUUCUAAAUAUCCAGGAUUAUUAAAAAGCAUGCUGUAUUAUGAAAAGGGACUUUAUGUAGAAGCUUAUAAACUAUCAGUCCCUUUAAUAAAUUAUCAAAUUGUAGAUGAAGUUGAAGCUACAUUUAUAAUAAGAUGUACAAUGAUGUUGAAUAAAUGGCAAGUUGCUCAAAAACUUGCUACAAAUUUUUUAAUGAAAGUUAAGGAGCCUGCAUUUGAGGCAACUUUAAAAAAAUUCUUAUUUCUAUCCCUCUAUGAGCAACAAAAAUGGAAACAGGCUAUGGCUGUGGGAAAUGAGAUUUCUUUAGAUGCUUUGUCUGAAAAGGAACAAGCUGCUUUAGCUAAAUGCUAUAUUGAAAGUAACGAACAAACACAAGAUAUUGUGCAUAACCUUCAAAAUACUGAAUAUUUCUCCCAACUAAAAGCUCUCUCAAAUAUGAAACAGGGAAAAUUUGAAGAAGCUGUUGCUUUAUUAGAACAGGAUUCAUCACAAAAUCCACUUAAUUUAUUUUAUUUAGGAAAAUGCUAUUGGGCAUUAAAUCAAUAUGAGAAUUGCUUAUUGAAUUUAUUAAAAUCUGCAAAGAUGAAUACAGAACACGCUGAUACAUUUUUAUAUUUAGGUCAUUAUUAUAAUUAUUUCAAACAAGAUUUUAAUAAGGCUAAAAAGUGCUAUGAAAAAGCACACAGUUUAAACAAUACUGAGGAAGAAAUAAUAAAAUGCCUAAGUUAUGUGUAUUGUAAACUAGGACUUAAGGAUUUAGAUUUUGAAUUAUUAAGAGCAAACCAAGAUUCAUGUGAAUUGUGGGUUAAUUUUAGACUUGGUCUUCAUUAUUUAAAUAAAAGAGAGUGGGAAAAUGCUAUAUUACAAUUCAGGAAUGUUAUUAAAAGUAAUAAAACUCAUGUCAUGGCAUUUGAAUGCUUAGCAGAUGCCUACUACUCAAGGGGUUCAUAUACAUCAUCUUUGAAAGCAUAUAAAAAAGUGAUUUCUAUGGAUAAAAGUCGAAAAAAUCAUUGUUUGACUAGAAUUGGUUACAUUCAUUGUUUACUAACAGAGUAUGAAGAGGCCAUUGCUACAUUUGCUGAAGUCAUCAAAGUAGACCCUUGUUCAAUUUUAGCAUUAAAAGGCCUGGCAGAAACAUGGAUUAAAGUGGCUAAGAAAAAAGCAUCUUUUAAAUUAUAUGGGUCUGCACAAAAUUCUGCUCAGUAUGCUAUUGAUUAUAUCUCAAAAGGUAUUUGUAUAGCCAAACAAUAUGUAUGUUUUUGGAAUUUGUUGGCAAGUGCAUUGAUUUUUAUAACUUCACUACCAGACACAUAUUCAUAUGUGUAUCUAAAAAGUGCAUUUGAUGAAGAAAGCAAUAUUUCUAGAAAGGACAAAUUAGAGAUAUUCCCACAAGCUCUUGCCUGCUUCUCUAGGGUUGCUAAACUAAACAACCUGAAUUGUUCAUAUGAUUUAGCAGUAACUUAUCUUGUAUUUUAUCAUGCAUCACAGUCAAAGACGCAUUUGCAAAUUUCAUAUAAAUUAGCUUUAGCAUGCAUUAACUUAAAACCUUCAUCUUGGCGAAAUUGGAAUUUACUUGCAAAAGUAUGUGUUUUAAUGAAGAAAUUCAAUAUAGCUCAACAUUGUUUUAUAAAAGCAUUAUUAGUUACUAGAAAGUGGUCUGUAGCUAAAGUCUGGUGCAAUUUAGGAACUUUGUAUAUCAAGGUUAAAUUGUAUAAAUUAGCCAAUUAUUGCUUUUGGCGUGGACAAUCAACUUUGCCAUCAUAUCCCCAAAGCUGGAUAGGUCAAGGAUUGAUUGCAGAAACUAUAAGAGAAGAAGAGGCUAUGGAUCUAUUUCGACAUGCAUCCAGACUUGGUUACCAUCCCGAAAGUGCCCUUGGGUAUGCAGACUGGGUUUGUAGAACUCUUAAAAAUAUUAACUACCCAGAUAACCGGGAAUUGUGUUAUAUCAUAGAUGGAUUGUAUGCUAUUACAUAUAGUAUAGAUCUUAUGGAAUGGUUUUUAACCUAUGAACCUGAAAAUGCUUGCGCCCUAAAUAUUAUUGCCAUUUUACAAGAGAGAAUUGGACUCCUCCAAGUAGCACUGGAGUAUUACAAAAAAUCAUUGCAAUUCAGUGAAGAAGAUAAACAGAACCUUAUUAAACUAAAUAUUGCUAGGCUUUUGAAUAGACUUGAAAAAUAUGAUGAGGCAAUUACUACUUACCAAAGUAUUACAGAAGCAAGUCUGGAUUCUACUUGUGGCUUAGCUUUGGCAUUAUUUAAAAAAGGUUUGUUUGAAGAGUCCUAUGCAGCCUAUGAUACAGCUUUACAUUGGUUAAGUAAUAAUGAUGAUGAAAAAUCAGAACUUUUAGUUGCAAUGGCAGGUAUUAUUUACAUGCACAAAGGAAUUGAUGAUGCCAAGACAAUAUUAUUUCACAGCAUUCAAGUUUCACAGAAGAAACCUACUCCAUUCAGUCUUUUUGCAAUUUGUUCUUUGGGAAUAUUACAUUCUGACCAAAGCCUAUCUAAGCUGGCUUUAGGUGAACUGCAAAAAUACGAAAGAGAUAGUAAAUUUGGAUAUGACAUUGGAUUCCUAAAGUCCUAUCUAAUAUUCUUGAAUGAUAUAGAUCAUGCAAUAAAAAUAAUAAGUGAAUCUAUCCAUGAUCAUCCAAGUGAUGCUAAAUUAUGGUACUCCAUGGCACAAUAUUGUUUACAAUCACCAAACAAUAAAUCUAUGGUUGCUAGUUGCUGUGCUCAGAGAGCAAUUUGCUUGUUUCAAAACAGUUAUUCUGAAUUUAAUAUAAGUAAAAUGUUGGCAACUGCUAGUGUUGCUGAAAACCUAUCUGGGAACACUGAUAAGGCUUUAAUUUUGGCAAAGAAGGGUUUACAUUUAUAUCCAUGCCAAACAGAAAUAUGGGCAGCAACAUUAUUUUCAAUAUUACAAACAAAAUAUGAUAAAAGUUGGAUCUUUGCUGCAUCAAACCACAUAAGAAAAAAAUUAAAUGCAACACGUGCAAUGACAAGAUGGCUGAAUCUACUUGAAAAGAAGUUAGGAAAGUAAGAAUAAACAUCUAACAUUUUAAAUUAUAAUAAUGAACUUCAAAUCUUGAUUAUAAAUAAAAUACACAAUUUUACUAACAAACUUUAUUGAAUAAAUUAUGUAUA